ACAGUAGGAGUAGAGCAGGGAGAAGGACUGGGAGAAGGCAGAGUGAGUCUCAGGAAGUGGGUGAAGGAGAACCUCUAGAGUGAUAAGGUGUGAGGGGCAAGGGUCAGAGAGACACAGAGAAAAAAAAGGGGGGAAAUAGAGUUAAGGAACAGGAAGAAAGCUACUCCCUGUUAUGGCCAGUCCUGUAUGUGGGGUCUCUCUAGAGGGGGUGUCUCUGGAUUCUGCAGACGAGUCUGACUUACACAGAGAAGCCAUGGAGCGGGUCUUUCAGACACUUGCAGACACCCCGCCUUCUUCUGACUUGGAUCUAAUCUUUCUUAAAGGCAUCAUGGAGAGUCCAAUGGCUCAUGAGCGAAUGGAAGAGACUCGCCUGGAAGCUGUGCGAGAGAACAACCUGCAAUUGGUGCAGGAGAUUCUCCAGGACAUGUCAGGAAUGAGAGAUCCAAGUGGGGCAGCAGCUGAAUUGCAGCGAAUCCUGCAGGAACCCCAUUUCCAGUCUCUUUUACAGACUCAUGAUUCUGUGGCAUCUAAAAACUACGAGACCCCACCACCCAGUCCACUUUUGGAUCCAACUCUAAGCAACCAGCCUGUCCCACCAGAUGCUGUACGCAUGGUGGGAGUCAGAAAGAGUGCUGGGGAACAUCUGGGUGUAACAUUCCGUGUGGAAGGAGGGGAGCUGGUGAUUGCUCGGAUUCUACAUGGUGGAGUUAUAGACCAGCAAGGUCUGUUACAUGUAGGGGAUGUGAUUCGAGAGGUGAAUGGCAGGGAAGUAGGAAGUGACCCUCAAGCUCUGCAAGAUAUGCUACGGGAAGCCAGUGGAAGCGUGGUAUUGAAGAUACUUCCCAGCUACCAGGAGCAGCACCCUCUGCGGCAGGUAUUUGUAAAAUGUCACUUUAGCUACGACCCUUCAAAAGACAGCCUAAUCCCUUGCAAGGAAGCUGGGUUGGCCUUUCGGGCAGGAGACCUCCUCCAGAUUGUGAACCAGGAAGACCCCAACUGGUGGCAAGCCUGUCUGGUAAAGGGUGGCAGUGCUGGGUUGAUACCUAGCCAGUUGCUAGAAGAGAAGAGGAAAGCAUUCGUAAAACGGGACGGAGAACUAACCCCAAACUCCAGUGCUCUGUGUGGAAGUAUUGGUGGAAAGAAAAAGAAAAGAAUUAUGUAUGUCACCACUAAAAAUGCAGAGUUUGACCGCCAUGAGCUUCUGAUAUACGAAGAGGUCGCAAAAAUGCCCCCCUUUCGCAGGAAGACUCUGAUCCUGAUUGGUGCACAGGGAGUGGGGAGACGAAGCUUGAAGAACAAACUGCUGACCCACGAUUCAGCUAGAUAUGGCACCACAACUCCAUAUACCUCUCGGAAAAGGAAGGAAGGUGAAUGGGAUGGACAGUCAUACUCCUUUGUGUCACGGGCAGAGAUGGAGCAGGACAUCAAGGCUGGCCGCUAUUUGGAGCAUGGCGAGUACGAGGGCAACCUGUAUGGUACUAAGAUCAGCUCCAUCCAGGAAGUGGUGGCUUCAGGGAAAAUGUGUGUGCUGGAUGUCAACCCCCAGGCAGUGAAGGUCCUGAGGACAGCAGAGUUUGUACCUUACGUUGUAUUUAUCGGAGCCCCUGACUUUGAUACUCUGAAAUCCAACAAUCAGUCCGCUGUGGAGGCUGGUAUGACUAGCAAACAGCUGUCAGAUUCCGAACUCCUAAGGAUUGUCGAGGAGAGUGAGCGUCUACAUCAGGCUUAUGGCCAUUACUUUGACCUCAGUUUGGUCAACUCGGAUCUGGACCAGAGUUUCCAAGACCUUCUGGUUGCCUUGGAGAAGCUGCGUUCUGAGCCUCAGUGGGUUCCAGUCAGCUGGGUCUAUUAGUGUACCCAAGUCAUUCCAACCUUCAUACCUCUCCAGAGCCAUAGUAUGCAUAUUAAUUAUGGCCUCUGCAUUUAGCAGCUGGGUCAUGCUCAUUUAAAUGGUUGCAUUUCUUUUCAUGCCCUUUAUGAUUAUCCUCAUCCCUAUAUACCUUUCAGAUUACACCCUUCUUGAAUCCUUUGAUUGUUUUUUUUUUUUUUAAUUAUUAUUAUUUUUUGAUUGUUUUAUGAUCUGUCUCACUUGUUCCCCUCGUAUGUUUUAUGAAUACGUAAAUUUACCCUUCUGUUUCUCUUAAACACCAAAAUAGCAUAACACAGGGAGAGGUCAUUCUUAAAAUGUCUUCCCACUCCCAGCACUUAACGACAUUAACACACCAUCACACAUACAAUAAAAUGAGCACUUAAACGUUGAAUUUUGGCUUCUACACACAAAAACAUUAAUAGUAGGUAAACCUAAAAAUCCUUUUCUUAUUUUGUGCAUACUGGACCUUGUUAAUUAUUUUAUUGACUGUUAAAAAUCUAAAAAGCUCCAAAGCUGCCAUAAUAUAUAUAUAAUAU